CGGCGGUCACGUGACGGGACGGAGCUCGCCCUCUGCCCCAUGGAGGCGUUGAGGUUGUGGCGCGCGCGAGUGGCGGCGGAACUCGACAGUGUCAUCGCCUUCUGGGAGAGGAACUCCCACGACCCCCAACACGGGGGUUUCUUCUCGUGUCUGAGCCGCGAGGGCACCGUCUACGACGACACCAAAUACGUGUGGAUGCAGAGCCGGCAGGUGUGGGUCUACUCCCGCCUGUACCGCACCGUCCCGCGCUUCCGACGCCCUGAACUGCUGGAGGCGGCGCGAGCCGGGGCCGAGUUCCUGCUGCGCUGCGCCCCCCUGCGCCCCGAGUCCCUGCGCGUGGCCUUUGCGCUGACGCGGGACGGGCGGCCGCUACGCGUGCAGCGCAACGCCUUCAGCGAGGCCUUCGUCGCCGUGGGGCUGGACGAGCUGGGGCGCGCCGCCGACGAGCCCCGAUACCGGGCUGCGGGGCGCUCGUGGGCUCUGGCGCUGUGGUCGUGGGUUCGUGGGGUCCCCCUGGAAUUGGGGCGCCCCGAGUUUUCGGGGUCCCCCCCCCAGGAGGCGUUGGCGCUGCCGCUGAUGGCGCUGACGGUGGCGGAGCAGCUGCUCGAGGGGGGGGGGGGGGACCCCCAAAUCGAGGCCAUGGCCGAGUGGGGGGGCAGCGCCGUCCUCCGACACCUCCAGCGCGACGAUGUGGUGGUGCUCGAGAACGUCUCCCCGGAGGGGGAGGAGCUGCCGGGGAGCCUCGGGCGCCUCAUGAACCCCGGCCACGCCCUGGAGGCGGGGUGGCUGCUGCUGGGGCACUGCCGGCGCCGCGGGGACGCGGCCGUGGGGGCGCGGGCGCUGUCGGCGCUGGUGAGGGGUCCCCUGCGCUGGGGAUGGGACCCCCAACACGGGGGGCUCUUCGCCUUCCUCGACGCCGACGGGCACUGUCCCACACAGCUGGAAUGGUCCAUGAAGCUGUGGUGGCCACAGCUGGAAGCCAUGGUUGCCCUCUUGGCCGCUUACGAGCACUCCUCUGACCCCAAGUUCCUCGAGGACUUCGACCGCGUGGCCACCUACGCCUUCGACAAGUUCCGCGACCCCGUCCACGGCGAGUGGUUCGGGUACCUGAACCGCGAGGGCGGCGUUGCCCUCAGCCUCAAAGGUGGUCCCUACAAAGGCUGCUUCCACGUGCCACGCGCGCUGAUGAUGUGCGAGGAGAUGCUGGGGCGCAUCUUGGAGCGGGAGGGGACCCCGAAAUAAAGGGGGGUUGGGGGGGGGACACCCCCUUUCCCCCCGCCCUUCUGCCCCCCAAUAAUGAGUGUGUGCCCGCUUCCAACAUGGCAGCGACUAAAGCUGCCCGCACUCAAGAUGGCGCCGCUGCCCGGACGCAAAAUGG